UGCUGGUGGGGCCCGCCGGAGCACCUCGUGCUCCGUUCCUCUACAGGUUGGUUACUGACUAUCGAUGACUCAGUGAAAUACAGCAGCAAACUCUGACUGCAAGACCCUCCCCGGUAGUUUCCCUUGCCGUUUCCCUGCCGCUGCAUCUGGAAGCAUACAGAGGACAAUAAAAGAAGAGAAGAGGAGCUGCCGGAACGAUGGAGAAGAAUCAAGGAUCUCCUCAUCAGUACGGUUCACUGGCGCGCACUGAGUGGACCAGAGACAGCGACAAACCAGGGGACGACGUGGUGUCCAUGGCAGACUCCACCAUCACCGUGGACGACAUUGAGGGGGAACUUUUUAAGAUUGAGAGGAUCAGGGACGUCCUGGUCAGGAGGGAGUCAGAGCUGAGAUACAUGAUGGAUGACAUUCAGCUAUGCAAGGAGAUUACACGCCUGAAGAAGGAGCUGCACAAAUUAGUGUCCAUACCAGAUAAUGACAAGUCCAAUGAGGACCGGCAGAAGGAAGAAGAACUAUUGCAGCAGAUCCACAAGCUCGUUGAGACCAGAGAUUUCUUGGUGGACGAUGUGGAGUUUGAACGACUCAGGGAGAAUGAAGAAGAUAAAGAAAUGGCAGAUUUCCUGAAGUCCAAAUUCCCCAAAAAUAUUAGGAAGACAGGUGUACCAACCAGACGGGUGCCAUCCAGGGCUCAGCAGGCCUCUUCUCCCUUCACCAAGACAGGCCUCACCCUCCUGAAGGAGUGCUGUGGCUUCACAUGCUCCAUCAUGUAGCCUGGAGCCCAAAAUGCAGGGCCCCACUCCAGGGCUGACAGAGGGGCCACACACCAAAAUGGCCAUUCCACAGGAGUCAAUAUUUCCAGUAUCAGUUUUUCAGUCCGAGAAAGACUUUCAAGCAUGGAUGGAGCACUUCCAGAUGCGAGCUGAGAAUUUCCCAGAGUGAGAACAAAGGAUGUUGCAAAGAUCAUGUGGUGUCUUUUCAUGCCAAGACCCAAGUUCGUCUCAUGUUGGAUCUGUUUGUCACUUCCAUUUUCAUUUUGUCUUCCUCCCAUGUCUCUGCUCCUGCUUUCAUUUUUACUCUUGUUAAAUAUCACUACUGAGCCAACUUCUUCUGAUCAACAAUUUCCAAAAAGAGUAAACAGCAUACAGGAUGGUUUUGGACAGGAAAGACACCAUUUGAAGGAAAGAAACAGAAUAGCACAAGUUAGCACAAGGCAUGGAUAGCGUACACUAACACUAAUUGGAUUGAGACGGCGGCACUGAGCUGUAUAACUGAGCUAUAAUAACUGUUAUUUCCAAAAAAGGAGCUGUUUUGCAAGAGUCAACAGGCCAUUCCAGACACACUUUAUCAUCAGUAUUAAGGAAAUAACACUAAUGAUACUGACAUUAAUCGGGAGCUGUGUCAGGAUGAAGUUGCCUGUUUGACUCCAGAUCCAAAUUGGUACAACCUUUUGAAAAGUGGUUGUUCGUGAAGAGUCUCAUAACGCUUGAUUUUGCUUUAGUAACAGUUACCUAAUAUUGACUAAUGUCUGUUUUUUUAUUUGAGUGUUUCUUUUGCUAACCCACACUAGUCAUUGUGUUUUACUUUUUGUCACCAUGCUUCAGUAUUUUAUGACAUAUUCUGAUGAGUAUUAAACAGACGGUACAGUACGGAGGGGUCUAACAAGUUGACAGCAGAAAGUUAUUAAGACUAUAUUUAGGUGUCCAUAUCGUUCUGUAUGCACAUGAGCAAGCUAAGAUAUCAACACAUAUAGACUUCUUUAAUUUGAAUAAAUAAUUCUUAGUCCUUUAUGCUAAGUAUCCAUUUGCGUUUACACAAAUGAUAUGGAUCAGCUCACAACUGACACUGCAGACCACUACACCUAAUAUACACUCACCGACCACUUUAUUAGGUACACCUGUUCAAUUGCUUGUUAACACAAAUAGCUUAUGAGCCAAUCACAUGGCAACAACUCAGUGCAUUUAGGGUAU